CUAGCUUAUCUUAAGGUCCUUUCCAAGAGUAACUCUUCUACGAAUCUGCGAUUCUGUGGAGCUGACCAUCAAGCACAGCCCCCAGAGCCCUUUCCAUAGGCUACACCCUCACAGACGCAGUGUUUGUUUCGAUGUGACACAAGAGAUUUAUUGGCAUCUUUGCACAGGGGAAAGCCCCCAGAGGGAAUGGACUCUCUCGAAGAGGAAGGGAGCUCACUGUCCAGGUAGUAACAGGAAUCUCUGUUGCCAGGUUCCUUUCCGAUGUCCUUAGCUGUGAACUCUGCAAACACGGCUCUGUGCGUGAAGACCACUUUCAGUGCCCCGAGAAGAAGAGCUGUGUUGUAAGCCGAUGUUGCAGCUCCUCGAAGUCCCGCAUUGCCUGCUCGUGGGCAGCCGGAUCCUGCACCAGAUGCUGGAAGAGGUUGAGUGGCUCCGCUCUUUGCAAGGCUGGGGGCACGACAAUCUCCUCAGGAAUCUUCUCAUUACCGAAGAAGAAGUGGUUGAGGCGUUUCUCCUCCAAGCAGCAGCGCAGGUACCGCAUGAUGUCAUCCAGCCGCAGUAGGAAAUGCCUCCUGCGCCAGCCUGACAGGGGUGUGGUGGUCAGGAGGUGCAUCACCACCGUCUUCAAGGUGUAGCUGGAAAAGCCUGUGCCUGCCACCAUGCGGGUGCAGAGUUGCAGGCAGCUGAGCAAGCUGUCAUCUGGGGUCUGAUCGAACAUCAGCCACAAGAACUUCGCCUCUGCCCAGGUGCAGCUCAGUGUCCACAUUGUGCUUGGGGUGAAGAUGUCCUCUGUAGGCUGGCUGCUCAUGAAGAUGUCUGAGUCGCCUAGCUGCAUGCCAAACAUCAUCUCAACAAGCAUGGUUCUCCCAAAGACAUCUCUAAUCUGCACUUUGCAAGAGCGGCUGGAGGGCAGCACGGUCAGAACGUAGUACCGUAAACGUAGGAGGCGCAUGCUUGCCGUGCUUUCGCUCACCAAAUCCUGCAACCAGCAAGCAGUUUUCUGCACAUCUAGAUAGGAGCCGGUGCAGAGGGUGUGUAGGAGGCUGGGCUUCUGCUUCUUCCUGAGCUCCUCCUCGGGGUCGUGGAGGAAGCACAGCAUGGGCCCCACCGUCUCCUGAGUAGUGCAUGUGCACUGCAGCUCGACACGGAUGCGGGACUCCUUUGCCACGAUGUGCGGCUCCAGGCAGAAGGCGUGCCCACGGGGGGGCUUCAGGCGCACGAGCUGGCAGUAGACAGGCUCAUCUUCCGGGAACUCCAGUAAUCAAAGGCGCUGCCCACCCCGAUGGCUGGUCCCAGCUCCGGGAAGAAACCGUUUGAUACGGAAUUGGACCAUUGGCAAGCAAUGAGGAGGCUUUCCACCAGUGCGUGCACCAACUCACUCCGGUUCCACAGUUCAUCAGCUGACCACUUGUUGCGCAUUGCAAUGUAUGUGCCCAAAUCUGUCGCCUCAGCAGCAUCUUCUCCUUCACUGUCUUCCUCCUCUUCCCUGCUGCUGCCCGCCUCAUGGCUCCUUUUCCUGAAGCACCAGCAGAGCCCAACAAUCAGGAGGAUCAGGAUGCCAGCAAUCGCCCAGAAUUGCCAGUGCCGCAAGGCAGCAAAGAGCAGGGCUCUCCAGGUCGCACGUUUCUGCUUGUGGAUCAUCUGGUCCAGCUUCUGCAGCAGCCGAUCUGUGUCCUCAAUAAGCAUCUCCAAACGCUGGUGCAUGCACUCACGUGUGGGUUCAUCCAGCUCAUCACUGACAAUGAGCACGUUUGCGAAUACGCUUCGCAGAACCCAGACAAAGAGAAAAUCCCGAAUUGAAAGUUACCCACAAGGACCGUCAAGUCCAAGGCCUGACUGCACCCCAGGACACCUUGAAGUUAAAUUAUACAUCCAAGAGCAUUGUCCAGUUGCUUCUGGAAUACCAACACGCCUGGGGACGUCGCCGUUUCCUGGGGGGAGCUUGUUCCACUGCUUGACCAACCUUUCAGUGAAGAACAUUUUCCUGCUACCCAAUCUGAACGUCCCUUGACACACCUUAAAGCCAUUCCUUUGUGACCUAUCAGCAGACCCCAGAGCAAAGAGAUCAGUGCCUCCCUGAAGCUUCUGCAGGUCACAGAGUGUCUCCUUACAUUUUUCCAGCACACAGAUUCAAGGGGAUCCACUUAUCUGCUCUAGAAAAGGAGGAAGAGGAGGAAAGCCCACAGUUUUCCUGCUGCUUGGGGUUCUGUUAACAGCUGGACUUGGUUCCUGCUGUAGGAUUUCAGCUUAAUUGAUUUGAAUAUUUCCAACACAAAAAUAUAUAUUUCUCUGCUCAUAA